AAAAGCACAGGAUGCCGAAAAGAAAGGAUGCGGCAACGGAUGAAGAGGACGAUGAGUAUCGUAAAAAGCGUGAUCGGAAUAACCAGGCCGUAAAACGGAGCCGAGUGAAGUCGAAAAUGAAAACGGAAGAAACACAGCAGCGGGUGAACGAGUUGCGGGUGAAGAACCAAGUGCUGGAGGACAAAAUAGAUACCCAGAGGAAGGAGCUUAAGUUUUUGAAGGAGCUCUUCCUCACUCAGGCGCAGGCAAAGGCCGACAAAUUGACUGGCGUUAAUUUGAACGAAUUGUUGCAAUGUUCGGACGAGGAGGAAGGAAGCGAAAGGGAGACCAGUACCAGCAAGCGUUCCAAGGAUUCGUCCAAAGGCGAAAGCAGUGGCUCGAGGAAGAGAUCCAAACGGUGAACACAGAGAGAGAGAACCGGAUACAUCCGCCAGCGAUAGGUUAAACCUCUAGAAUCUGUUUCAUAUAGCGCGCAGUAGAAGCUCACAAUUGUUUCUGAAAACAUGCUUUGCGCCAUUCUGGGUCAAUGGACAGUUUUCCGAUAAAAAAAGGGUAAAACACAUACCACAAAAAGUACUUUUAUCCAAUAAUGACAAAAAAAGUUAAACAAAGGUAGUCUUUGAGGAUCAUUAUGCCAUUAUCGCGCGAGGUUUAAAGUCAGAAUCAAAUUCAAUGGGUCAUGGUUUAUCACUUUUGGUUUCUGUUGUAGCAUUGUGAAUCUAAGACAGAAAAGAACACAGAAUAUAUAAUUACAUUUUAGCAUCCAGUCUUCACACCGG